ACAGUGGAAUGGUUAGCACAGCACAAAUUUGACAUGUCCCUGAGUGAAGAAGGUUACAAUUUGUAUAAUGCUGUGUAUGCUGUGGCCCACACCUACCAUGAACUCAUUCAUCAGCAAGUAGAAUCUCAGCAAAUGGCAGAACCCAAAGGAGUGUUCACUAACUGUCAGCAGGUGGCUUCCAUGUUGAAAACUAGAGUAUUUAUUAACCCUGUUGGUGAACUGGUAAACAUGAAUCAUAGAGAAAAUGAGUGUGCACAGUAUGACAUUUUCAACAUUUGGAAUUUUCCACAAGAUCUUGGAUUAAAAGUCAAACUAGGAAGCUAUUUUCUUUGUUUCCCACAGAGCCAACAACUUCAAAUAUCUGAACACUUGGAGUUGGCCACAGGAGGAACAUCGGUUCCCACCUCCAUGUGUAGUGUGACGUGCAUUGCUGGAUUCAGGAGAAUUCAUCAGGAACAAACAGCAGACUGCUGCUUUGAUUGUGCCCAGUGCCCAGAAAAUGAGGUUUCCAAUGAGACAGCAGAUAUGGAGCAGUGCGUGAGGUGUCCAGAUGAUAAGUAUGCCAACUUACAGCAAACCCACUGCCUCCAAAGGGCUGUGUCGUUCCUGGCUUAUGAAGAUCCAGUGGGGAUGGCACUAGGCUGCAUGGCCCUGUCCUUCUCUGUCCUCACAGUUCUAAUACUAGUCACUUUUAUGAAGCACAAUGACGUUCCCAUUGUGAAGGCCAAUAACCGCAUUCUCAGCUACAUCCUGCUCAUCUUUCUCUUCUUCUGUUUUCUCUGCUCAUUGUUCUUCAUUGGACAUCCCAGCCAGGCCACCUGCAUUCUGCAGCAGACCACAUUUGGAGUAUUUUUCACUGUGGCAGUUUCUACAGUAUUGGCCAAAACAAUAACUGUGGUCAUGGCGUUCAAGCUCACUACUCCAGGAAGAAGAAUGAGAAGGAUGCUGGCAUCAGGGACACCUAACUUGGUCAUUCCCAUUUGUACCCUAAUCCAACUUGUUCUCUGUGGAACAUGGUUGGUAACAUCUCCUCCCUUCAUUGACAGAGAUAUACAAUCUGAACAUGGAAAGACCAUCAUUUUUUGCAACAAAGGCUCAGUCAUUGCCUUCCACUUUGUCCUGGGAUACUUGGGUUCCUUGGCUCUGGUGAGCUUUGGUCUGGCUUUCUUGGCUAGGAAUCUUCCUGACAGAUUCAAUGAAGCCAAGUUCCUAACUUUCAGCAUUCUGGUGUUCUGCAGUGUCUGGAUCACAUUCCUCCCUGUCUACCACAGCACUAGGGGGAAGGUCAUGGUGGUUGUGGAGGUUUUUUCCAUCUUGGCUUCUAGUGCAGGGUUGCUAGGGUGUAUCUUUGUCCCAAAGUGUUAUGUUAUUUUAGUUAGACCAGAUUCAAUGUUUAUACAGAAGUACAAAAAUAAAUUGCAUUAUUGA